AUGAUGGCAACGUGCUUCUUAUUUGGCCUUCUAUUAACCGCUGUUGGGGCCAGCAGCCACAGCGCAUCGGAUCUAGAAGGAACAUGGACAACCAAGUCCCGCCAAGUUGUGACAGGUCCGGGCUUCUACGAUCCGGUUAAUGAUAAAUUCCUCGAACCCAACCUCACUGGUAUCUCGUACUCAUUCAACGCCGAUGGACAUUAUGAAGAAGCCUACUAUCGUGCCAUUGCCAACCCCCAGGAUCCUUCCUGCCCAAAGGGGAUUAUGCAAUGGCAGCACGGUACCUAUACCGUAAACAGUGAUGGAUCGGUGGACCUGACCCCGAUCGCUGUCGAUGGACGCCAGCUCUUAUCAGAUCCCUGUCAGUCCUCUACGGGGACCUAUACCAGAUACAACCAAACUGAGCAUUUUGAGUCGUUUUCGGUUUCGGUAGACUCUUACCAUGGUGUCCAACGCCUGGACGUCAAGAACUUCGACGGAUCGCCGAUGCAUCCAAUGUAUCUUAUAUACAAGCCGCCCCAGAUGUUACCCACGCAGACGCUCAAUCCAACCUCCAGCAAGAGGAAACGCCAGGUCGAGGGGGAUACUGGAAAUCGCUUCAGCAUAAAGAACUUGGUCAGCAGGGAGAAAGUUGGUGACCCAAAUAAUUGGCUGUGGCUCGGUAUAUUCAUGACCACACUCGGAGGGAUCACUUUACUUCGCUCUUAG